UUGUGUAAGGAAAAGGGAAGCUCAAACGAAAGACAUGUUUACGAGUACCUGAUAAGAAGACAGAAACCGAGGAGGCAAGAAGGACGAAAUACCUGUACAUUUUAUACAAAGUAGACGAGAAAUCUUCUGGGGACAGACUCUUGUCAUAUUUUCCUAUACACGUUUGAUUGGUUUAUUGUUAAAAGGACAAAAUGGGUUGCUUGUUCUCCAAAAAAGCCAAGAGCAAAUCACCCGAAAAGGAACCUACUCCGACUACAGUGGAAGAGAAGACGAACAGCAGUAGUAACGCCAACAACAUUGACCUCGGCAGCAAUACAGCGGAGGAUCCACCUAAACAAUACAGCUGGGACAAACGUGAAAAGGUUGACCCUAAGGACUUCAUGCUAACGGGGCUGAAGGACGUCACGGUGGGCCGUCUGCCAGGCAAGCUGAACGGACAGCAGUUUGUCAUCCAGGACUGUGACAACUGUAAGAUCUUCGUGUUGGACCACUCCGCCACCAUCACCAUCGACGACUGCACUAACUGCUGCAUCGUUAUGGGUCCAGUGAAGGGCAGUGUGUUCUUCAGGGACUGUAAGGAUAUCAAGUGUGUGGUGGCUUGUCAGCAGUUCAGGACCAGGGACUGUCAGAAGAUGGAUGUGUUCCUGUGUUGUGCCACUCAGCCCAUCAUCGAGGCGUCCACGGGGAUGAAGUUCGGCUGCUUCCAGUACUACUACCCCGAACUGGCCUUCCACUUCAAGGACGCAGGCCUCAGCAUCUUCAACAACAACUGGAGCAACGUCCAUGAUUUCACGCCCGUCUCAGGGGAGACCAACUGGAGCCUGCUACCUGAGGACACUGUGGUGUUGGACCAUGUCCCAGCCCCUGACCCGGAGUCAGAGUUUAAAUCAGUCCGGGUCUCAGCUGAGGCUUCCCGCAGCAUCGUGCCCAUGACCAAAGGAGGCAGACGCAAGGAGAGUGACGAGUCCUGUCUGUUUGUGUUCUUCGCUGGGGACUACACCACUGCUAACGCCCGGAAACUCAUUGAUGAGGCCUCUGGGAAAGGGUUUGUGCUGAUCCAGACUAAGGAAGUGUCCAUGCGCCCCGAGGAUGUCAGCAGAGUGUUCCAGAACGAGGCAGAGGGACUCCUAGAGUGGAUCACCAACGGCCCAGUGACGGCCCUGGAGUUGAAUGGGGAUGGGGUAGUGGAGGCCUGCAAUAGCAUGGCCAGCGACAUGUUCAGUGGAACCAAGGUGUUUGUUUCAGACAACAGAAAUACUUCCUCUCGAGAUGUGGACAACUUCUUCAACUUUGCUGACAUGCAGAUGGGCUUGUGAUUCAGUCACUGUAUGACAAUCACAACUACACCACUGAUAUACACCACAAUCACAACUACACCACUGAUAUACACUUCAAUCACAACUACACCACUGAUAUACACCACAAUCACAACUACACCACUGAUAUACACUUCAAUCACAACUACACCACUGAUAUACACCACUGAUAUACACCACAACUACACCACUGAUAUACACCACAACUACACCACUGAUAUACACCACAACUACACCACUGAUAUACACUUCAAUCACAACUUACUACACAACCAAGGAUUAUUUUUGUAUAUUUUUUAUACUAGUAGGUAGUGGAGAAGGACAGGUUGAUCAACAUAAUGAUGGUAGGUAGGACAGGUUAAUCAACAUAGUGAUGGUAGGUAGGACAGGUUGAUCAACAUAAUGAUGGUAGGUAGGACAGGUUGAUCGACAUAAUGAUGGUAGGUAGGACAGGUUGAUCGACAUAAUGAUGGUAGGUAGGACAGGUUGAUCGACAUAAUGAUGGUAGGUAGGACAGGUUGAUCAACAUAGUGAUGGUAGGUAGGACAGGUUAAUCAACAUAAUGAUGGUAGGUAGGAGAGAGGACGGGUUAAUCAACAUAGUGAUGGUAGGUAGGACAGGUUAAUCAACAUAAUGAUGGUAGGUAGGAGAGAGGACAGGUUAAUCAACAUAAUGAUGGUAGAGAGGACAGGUUAAUCAACAUAAUGAUGGUAGGUAGGACAGGUUAUUCAACAUAGUGAUGGUAGGUAGGACAGGUUAAUCAACAUAAUGAUGGUAGGUAGUAGAGAGGACAGGUUAAUCAACAUAAUGAUGGUAGGAGAGAGGACAGGU